GCUGGUGUCCUAGUGAGUGAAGUUCUAAAUCCUCAUGCAUGACAGCCGCUCCAUAGUAACUUUACCCAGGCUGAGCGGCGGAGCUGGGGCACCUGUGGCGGCACGGACUACUUCUUAAAAACCUUUACCUCACUUUUUGUUUACAGCUUUAGAAUCCGCGAGAAUGUUCAACAGUAAUGUCAGGGAGUCUGAGGAGGAUCCGUUUUUUUCGGAUCAAUUCAGGGCACACAGGGAUCAAAUGCGCCACAUGAUGACGCGCAGCUUUUCAGAGCCAUUUGGUGGACUCUCAAUGCCCAGUUUAAUGGAUGGGAGAAACCGUGGUCGUGACAUGAUAGAACAUCCCAGCUCAUCCUCGGCACUCAGGGACGAACACAGGGACAUGAUGAGGAACCCUUUCGGUAUGUUUGACAACAUGAUGUCCAACAUGAGAAACAGGAUGGAGGACAUGCACAGAAACUUUGGGAACAUGCCCACAGAUUCAAACUCCCACUCAUUCAGCUCCUCAUCAGUCAUGACGUAUUCCAAAGUUGGAAACGAGCCCCCCAAGGUCUUCCAGUCGAGCUCAACAACACGCCGUGCCCCUGGAGGGAUCAGGGAGACAAGGCAAGCACUUAAAGACUCCGAAAGCGGUGUGGAGAAGAUGUCCAUCGGUCACCAUAUCCAGGACAGGGGACAUGUUGUUGAGAAGAAAUUCAACAAGAAGACAGGAGAGAAGGAAUUCAAUCAAGACUUUCAGAAUCUGGAUGAAUCUGAGGCACAGACUUUUGACGUAGAGUGGCAGCAGGAAUUAUCCAAGUUCCAGUCUUCUGCUCCCAUGUCUCGUCUGGCAGAACCUCGACUCCGAGGUGUUCACAGGGCGGCACUCACUGGUCCUGAGCAGGUCCACGGAGACAAGCCAAAAGACAAGACUGAGGGUAAAGGCAAUGUGAAAUUCUCAGACUCAGCAAAGCAGUGAAGACAUCCAUCUGUGAGCUUAUUAAAGUUUUCAGGCAUUAAACAGUA